AUGGCUAUGGCGUCUGCAACUCAUCGAUUAAAUUACGCGCAUGAAUUUUCGCGUUACUCUCCGCAGCAGGUCGCCGUCGGGAGCCUCCCUAGCGGUGUCGGAGCACACAGUCGUUUGCUCUGCGUGAGCCUUUACCCCGCUGCAAAAUUUGCUCGGUUGAGCUCACUGAGUUACUGUAGAUCUUCAAAUGCGGGCACUGGAGCUUUGCUUCGGCCCGUAUCGGCUGUUGGUUCAGGCUUGGAGGCAUCAAUUACUGAUCCAAAAGGGAAAUUGAUUACAGUUAAAGAUAUUGAGGUAGUUGUCGAGUCCAAGGAUGACGAUAAGAUGCAAGUAAGGGUGGAUGUGUCAGGGGAAGACACCCAGAUAGUGUUUGAGAAGAUACUGAGAAGUUUAGCACGCACUGCUCCACCAGUUCCCGGUUUUCGCAGGGAAAAAGGAGGUGAUUUCUUUUUUUCGUUUUCUUUUUUUCUUUUGUUUCUUUUGUCUUCAGUUAGUGGGACCAUACAGAGUUCUGUUAGUAAAUAG